AUGAAUUUUGCAAGCAAAUUAGCAUUGAUUGUUUUGGUCUUGUUUGGAUCAACUUUUGGUGCCAUAGCAAGCACCACUGACCUAACCACAGUCUCGACUGUUUAUGGUGCACUGACUAGCACCCGUAAUCUUUUCCCACCAUCGAUUGCAACAACAACUGCAACUGGACAGUCUUUCCCGACUUAUAGGCCAUCGAGCUUCUUAUAUGCUGGAAACUCCAGCUUCAACGCUACUAAUACUACUUUUGCUAGUAGUAGUAGCAUCAAGCUGAAAUACUAUGGAAAUUAUACUUCAGUCGGAGGCGGGCUCCCUAGUUAUUUUGUGCCUUCACCAACGAAGCCUCAAACUAGUGUAUUCUGGUGGACCAGCCACAUUGUCCAUACUGCUGCCUCGGUAACUGCUGUCACGACUACUUCCUGUGAUGAACACACUUGCUAUGAGUCGACGUAUGAGACUGGUUUAGCCGCAGCUACAAUCACCGUGCGUGGUAGUGAGUACGCCUAUACUACAUAUGCACCAGUUCUUUCAACUGAAAACAUUGUCAUGGCUACGACUUUGACUGGUGAUGAAAUUGAAAAGUAUUCCACUUCAUUGGCUGGUGGGGCCUAUACUAUUUUUGGUCAAGACUCUGCAAGUGGAACUUCUUCUGGUGACGACGGCUUUGGUUCAACUCAGGAGGGUGAUGAUACAACUCAAGAUGGUGCUGUUGCAACUCAAAUAGGUGCUGCUCCAACACAAGAUGGCACGACCUUAGCUAACGAAGGAGAGACUACCACGGGAGACGUUGUGACUGCCACAGUUGUCCAAAGUACAGCUGGAGCUUUAACAACCGGUUUGACUGUAGACACUCUUGCAACAACACAAAGUGAUGUUGUCGAGACCAGUGUUGAUGGCAGCCACAGUCAAACUGUCGGCGAGGAAACCGUUGCUUCCGGCUCACAGCUCACGACCCAAUCCUCAAAACUUACUAGAGCAAAUCGAGUUCACGCAGUUACUGAAGCAGAUGAAAACAUUUCCGAAUCAGUGGUCACUGCUUACUCGACCGCUUUGGUAACAAUCACCUCGUGUGAGGAAGAGUCAUGUAUCAUUUCCGUGCAAACCACUGGUGUUCAAGUAAUGACAGUCACUUCCAUAAGCGGCGGCGAGACUCAAACAUCAUUAUUCACCACUUACGUUCCUUUACAAAGUUCUGCAGGCGUGACAGACAAACCCCCGAGCUCAUCGCUGUUUACAACUUUGGAAGCUACUCCUACAAAGAACACGCCUGUCUCAGCUCAGUCAAUCGAGAUAAGCACUAUUCAAAUUGUGUCUGAUUCUUACACAGUUACCUCAUAUGUGGCUGUGACACGAACAAUUACAAGCAGUUUCUCGACGUACUCUGAAGAUGUCGAAACCAAUGACGAAUUCGCUGCAGCCACUGACGUUGAGACAGCACUGAAAGUAUACUCAACCAGCUUAGAUGCGGGCUCGCCUUUUGUUUAUUCACCCCUUGCUCUUUCAACUUCCGUGGCCGGUGGAGCAGUUACUACGCUUUUGAGCACUAGCGUUGGUCCAGCUCGUGAAUUUAAGACAGUUGAACAAUCAACAAUCACUACACCAGCUGCGGUAGUGACAGAAGAGGAAGAAUCGGGCAAUACUGUUGAAACUGGAAAGCCAUUGACGGUGCCUUCAGAAAAUACUCCUCCUCAGCAUGAGCCUGUGCCCGAGACUGAGCCUGUGUCUGCGCCUGAGACUGAUUCUAGCACCCCAGCUGCAACGACCGAAGUUGCACAGGCAACGACUUCAAGUACUAGUUCUGCGUCCAUUGUCGAGUUGGUAACACCAUCCGAAGCUCAACCGGCAGUUAUUGAGCCUAUUUCGACACAAGCAACGACUGUUGUGCCAGUGGAAGCAAGUGAGACGCAACCACUAGUUGCGCAAACAACUUCCACCACCGAGGCAAUUAUUAGCACAAGCCUUGCUGCUGCUGAACCUGUGACUUUCACCAGCAAAGUCUCAACUUUAUCCAGUUCCACAACUGUUGAACCUUCUUCGAUACCGUCAUCGUCAUCUUCAUCUUCAUUGUUGAUUUCAACUACAUCCACAACCGAGGCAGUGUUGAGUUCAAGUGUUGCAGCUGUUGGCAUUUCAUCUUCUUUCAAACCUGAAUCUUCGUCAUCCGUGACCCUGUCGAGCUUUGAGAGCUCUUCCACUGAGUUGGAAUCGAGCACAACUGUUGUUGCACCAAAAGCAUCUUUGAUUCCUUAUUCAUUGGAAGAAAUUGUCAGUAAGGCUGAAACUAAAGCCGGUUCUUUGUCCACCUACACCGUUGAAUCAACUAGGGUCAUUACUGUCACAUCCUGCGGUUCCCAUGGAUGUGCAAGAACCUCUCUCACGACAACCGAGACUUCAAUAGCUACAACAAGUUUGGAAAGCACAUUUAGUGAAUUAGAGCUGAGCACAACCGUUGCACCCCUCACAUCUUCGGCCGUAUCAACUGAGGAAAGCUCCACCGAAAAUUUGGAGAGUGAAACUUUCUCAACUUACACUGUGAAAUCAACUAGGGUCAUUACAGUCACAUCCUGCGGAUCUCAUGGAUGCACACGAAGCUUACUCACAACCGAGGAAACUUCAACUUUGACGUCGUCGAUCUCCCUGAACUCGUUUGAAAGUGUCGAAGCAACUUCGUCCGUGUAUUCCGAAUUCAGCGAUGUGUUAUCCCUGAGCUAUGUUGAAUCAUCCUACUCCUCAUCUACUCAAAGUUUCCAAACCUCGACAUUUGUUGAUUCUUCGUCCUCCAUCACGCUGAUUCCAGAGAGUAGCAUUUACUCAAGUAGCAGUGUGGCUGCUCCAUUUAGCUCAUUCGAAUCGAGUCUGGAGAUUGAGCUGCUGCUGCUGCUGUUCACAUCUGAAAGCUCCAUUGAACUGAGCUCUGAAUCAAGUGCUAGUGAGUAUGUGGCGUCCUCAACCUCAGAGUACCCUACUUCCUCAUCGAUUAGUGAAGUUGUGACCUCAUCAUCGGAGUACUCUACAACGAGUAUUGAAUCGUCCACAUCCCUUGCAGGAAGCUCUUCGAUUUGGUCGACAGAGCUGACGCCAUACUCCACGAGUUCGAUCUCGGAGCAAACUCUGACUCUGGGCUCAACUGCUCCAGAUUUGAUCACUUCUUACAUUACGCACACUGCUUUGACGACACAGGAAAUUACCAUCACGACAUGUGGUCCUCAAGGUUGCACUAAAAGUCAUGUCACUACUGGUGUGACCGUGGUCACUAUAACACAAGAGGAGACCGAGACUGUUCUCACCACAUAUUGUCCGUUGACGUCUACAGAGACGUUAUUGGUUACAUCAGAAUCAUCCAGCAUUGUUGAAUCAUCCAGCAUCGUUGAAUCGUCCACAUCCCUUGCAGGAAGCUCUUCGAUUUGGUCGACAGAGCUGACGCCAUACUCCUCAAGUUCGAUCUCGGAGCAAACUCUGACUCUGGGCUCAACUGCUCCAGAUUUGAUCACUUCUUACAUUACGCACACUGCUUUGACGACACAGGAAAUUACCAUCACGACGUGUGGUCCUCAAGGUUGCACUAAAAGUCAUGUCACUACUGGUGUGACCGUGGUCACUAUAACACAAGAGGAGACCGAGACUGUUCUUACCACAUAUUGUCCGUUGACUUCAACAGAGACGUUAUUGGUUACAUCAGAAGCAGCAUCCAGCAGUGAAGAGGUCGAGAGCUCCUCCUCACUUGUUGCUACAUCAGAGUCAACUUCAACUACAGAUGAGAAUACCCUGGGUUUGAUCACUUCUUACAUAACUCAUACUGCUUUGACGACACGGGAAAUUACCAUCACGACAUGUGGUCCUCAAGGUUGCACUAAAAGUCAUGUCACUACUGGUGUGACCGUGGUCACUAUAACACAAGAGGAGACCGAGACUGUUCUCACCACAUAUUGUCCGUUGACUUCAACUGAAACCGUCCUCGUCUCCUCAGAAGAGCCAACCAGUACCUCACUUGCAGCAAAGCCAUCGUCGUUUGGUGCUUCGUCGACUCUGGAAACUACUGAGAAAUCAACCACCGAGGCGACAACUCAAGCUGAGUCUACAUCGUCGGUAACAAGCACUCAAAACAAAGAUGAGCUGUUGUACCUGAGCGAGUGGACCACUUCUACUGCUGCCGAGACUUCUCAACCAACGACAGGAGCUACGGUCACGGUCUCGAGCAGCGUCCUGAGUUCGAGUACUACUAGCACUUCGACCUCAUCUUCAACAGAUAUAUCUUCAAGCAUCACCAAAAGCAAAACGGAAGAUACAAUCACGACAGCUCUGUCGGCAGGUGAAACUACCUCAACAACUUCUGAUAGUGAUGAUGAUGAUGGGCUUCCUGGUUAUGUCACGGAAUGGACAACAUCAACAGCAACAUACACUGUUGCGGAAACAACAAUUGCCACAGUCACGAGAUGCUCGCAGGGUGGUUGCUCAGAGCGGAAAGUAGUAACAGGGGUCACGGUGGUUACGGUCACCGAAUCUGACACCGAAACUACAUACACUACAUAUUGUCCUACAGCAGGCGUGAAGGUGGUGUCGAUGAACGGUGGUACUGAAGCCGCCCCAGAAUACCACCCACUCACUACCGCUGUCCAAAAGAGAGAUCAAGUAGCAGUUGAAUACUCGACAGUGACCACGUCUUACUCCUUUGCUCAGGACCAGCCACAACAAUCAAUUCCAUCAAAUGGAACACUUUCUGCUGGAGGAUUCCAAGCGAUUGCUUAUGAGGGUGCAGGACCACACUUGAGACCAGAGAUCUUUUCCGUUGCUUUCAUUCUUUUGUCGGUGGUGCUGGCGUUGGUGGCAUUUUAA